GGCAAGAGGAAACCCGAAACUGCUCUGCUCAACCAGCUUCACCUUCUCUCCCUUUUCUUUCCCUCCAUUUUCUCACACACCCAUUGGACGUGUGCGUGCUCAAGAUAAAGAAUGGCAGCAGCAUCCACGAAGCUCAGACUCUGCGAAACGCUUCUUCUUGGCUUCCUCCUCAUUGGCUCCUGCUUGAAUGGAGUCAAAGCAAAAGAGGAGGACGUGGUUACCGCCACACCCACACCGAUGUUAGAAACUAAUCCAGACACAAUUCCAACUCCUGAGUCUGAAGAGGCACAAGACCAAAUCUUGGUUUUCCCUGCAGUAAAUUCCACCGAGCUGACAGGGCUGCCAGACGCAACAACAGUAGCUGUCGUCGAGAUUGCGGAUGGGAACGGAGAACAAGCUCUAGAGGACACCCCAGACCAGUUUGUGGUUGAGGUGCAAACUGUCGGGCCAGAGUCAUUGAAGCCAGAAACACCUGCACCUGAACCGGCCCGUGGAGACGGACCCAACAACAAACCAAGGCCGGAGCCCAAAGUUCAUGUGGUCUGUGUCAGCAAAGAAGCAGUGGAGAAUAAAAAUGCUGUCAAUCUGAAACUCAAGGCCCCAUCCAACUGCGAAGACACAAAGAUGAAGCUCGAGAGUGUUCUACCUAAGCUGUGUGGUGAAGACUGCAAACUGGACAUCUACCAGGACGACAACUCAGACCAAAUCCUGGUUGCUGGUCAGUACGUUGAAGAAGACGUUGCUGGCAUGGCCGACAAGUUCAACGACGUCAACAUUAAAGAUGAGACUAACGUGGAGGAGGCUUCUCCUCGGUGGGGGAAGAACUCAAAGUUGGUCCUGGUGUCACUGCUGUUGGCUGGUUUACUGCUGGCAGCUCUGCUGGUGGCUGGCUAUUAUCUCAAGACCCACCGCAAAAACUCUAAAGGGGUCAGACUGGCUGAAUCCUUCCAGGUGGAUGAGGAGAACCAGGCCAACACCCUCGUCUCGGUGGCCCCUCUGCCUCAGGAGCCCGUCGACAAGCCCACUGUCAACGGAGAGUCUCCGCCAGAGAACGGAAGCAGCCCCGCCCCCACCACCAACGGACACUCUGCCGCGGCCACCCCAGUGGCUGACACCGAGAUGUGAAUACCGACACCCACCGCCUGUCCCACAUAUCACCCCAACAAGCCCCUCAAUCGACAAAAAAACCUCUUUCACCUCCUGUCUUCCUCACCUCCAGAACAAAAAGAGUGACGCUGACAGUACUGCCUUUAAUGUGAAAUUUGGGGGAUGCCAGGCUAGUUCCAAGACCAGCUGUGUUUCGCCUUUGGCUUAUGUUUGGGCCAAGUCUUUACUUUGAGGAUUUAAGAUUUUCUUUCCGACCUUGCGUUUUUCAUGAAUCUAUCACAUGACUUCUCUUUGGGCACAGCAACAACUCCAUGCGCUAGUUGCCCCGGGCCACGGACGCCAAACUAACUACUUGUAUUUGCACAAUUAGCAGCAGCAAUUCAAAAUCUGUUACAUGGUGAUUGUGUCAUUUACAUUGGUUUGUCGCAGGAAUGUGGUCUUGAAUAUGGUUGACAUUUAACUUUUUUUUCAAUGAGAUGCUCUGUGUGGGGCAUUUUUUCUUCAUUGGAACAGAAGAUAAAAAUACUGUCCUGAUUGACGACAAUAAAACCUCAAUAGUAAACAUGAUUUCUUGCUCACUCAAGGCAGUGUUUAAAGACAUCACCACUUUUAUCACCACUUUGACAAUUAAAAAAAAUGUGUUUAACUGAAUCAAUUUGUUACCAACUAUAAACAGACCUGGUUUAUUCUUCCAUUGUAGCCAUUAGCAGGGAAUCGUGGGCAACUUAAAGCAACACCUUCACUGGUCAAAAAACUAUUUUGCACCAUCAACCACAAACUGCCCUGUUUCACUUUUAAAUGAAAGGGACGUCACCAAAGCUAGCCUGUCUUCAUUUCAGCUGGAAAUUGCCAAAAUGACGACUGAUUCCUGUUGACUUCAAGGAAAAAUGCUUAAUUUGACUUUUGGUUUUUUGAAAAAAAAAAAAAAAACAGGAUUUGUUUUGUAGCAUUUGCCUUAAGCCAAAUCACUGUCUCACAAAAAACAACUAUUUUGACAUGAAUCCUGUUUUUACACAGAAAAUCCUCUUCUCGUGGCUGUUCAAACCAAAGAAGCUGUUGAGCCCUAAGAACCUUUAAUAAUUGGAUGCCAACCUCGUGCUUUGCUUUUGUUGGUAAAUACUAAACAUUGCUCCAAUUGUAAAUGCAGACAGAACAGUGUUACCCCCUUGAACACUAGGAUUUGAAACUAGCUCAUUUUUUAGGCGAUUUACUGUACAGUUGUUUGAUUAAUACGCUUUCUUAUUGCUAGAAAUGUUUUCAAAAUGAUGGGCUGUGAGUGCAACAAGUCUUUGUGAGAGUAGUUUAGAAAUAGAAAACGAAAAUCACUGCUGUGACAAUUUUCACCUUUAUUUUUGUAUUUCUGCAUCAGUGGUACGUUUUUGUAGCUUUUUUCUUUGAAUGACAGCUUUCAUAAUGUACGAAUUGUGUAAAUAACUCUCUCCGUAGACCUUGUGCCUGACUGAUAAA